GUCAUCACCAACAAAAAUGAGUGAAAGUCCACCGGAAAGUAGGAAUCGUCGUAGAAAUACGAACAAGCAAAUAAUUAAUGAAUUAGUUAGGCAAUGUAGGAAUCAAAGAAAAUUGGACGAUUUAAGAAAUCGAAUUACUACUGUCUACAAGACAGAGGCUUCAUCCGAUGAAGAGGUUUCAUCCGAUGAAGAGAAUAAUGAAAUGCUGCCCAUUCCAGGGAUUGAAGAUAUUUCUUUAUUAGAAACAAAUUCUGAAGUAUCAACAGAAUCUGAUGCAUCUAUCGAUCAACUUGAAAAUGAAAAUAUGGAUGAUAACAAUAAUUAUAUAAUGACAAUGACAGUGAAUUACAUUUUGAAGAUGAGAAUAAUGACAGCGAAGAAGUGUUGAAAUUAAUGAUGCUAACAGAUAUAGUAACGAUGAAGAAAAUGAUGAUUUAAUGAUUGAAUUUGAAAAUGACGAACA